UCAGUCUUAUAACAAUUCAGUUCGAACUUGUUAUUUCCGUUGUUUGCACCUUAGACGAUACUUUAAUGGAUAAGUGGAAGGGUAAAGUAGCUGUCGUUACUGGAGCAUCAUCAGGUAUUGGUGCGGCGGUUGUUAAAGACCUCGCAAAUAUGGGUGUGAAUGUGAUAGGAUUGGCUAGAAGACAUGAAAUGGUUGAAGAAAUUUCUGAAAAUUUGAAAAAUGCCGAUGGAAAGGUAUACGCAAGACAGUGUGAUAUUUCCGAUAUGAAUUCAUUAAAGGAAACUUUCAACUGGAUUGGCGAACAAUUCUCCGAGAUUCACAUUUUAAUCAAUAAUGCCGGUGUGUCAACGUAUGAAAAUAUUCUUGAUCCAAGUGAUGAAAUGACUAGGCGAAUUAACAAUGUUAUUGACACCAAUUUUACUGGUUUGGUUCAUUGUACACGUGAAGCGUUCAAGUAUAUGAAAGAUUACGGCAUUAUUGUCAAUGUCGCUUCAAUAUUGGAUUCAAUCGUACCAUUUCCUAAUCCAUCAAGCAUUUAUCCAGCAGCUAAGCAUGCCGUUCGUGCAUUUUCGGAAAUUAUCAGACAAGAAUUGGUUUUAAAUGGCAAUGAUAAGAUAAGAGUUUCGAAUUUGAGCCCUGGCUUAAUAAAAACGAACAUUGGACGUGCUGGAGGUCAUAAAAAUCCAGAUGGACGUUACGAAUUGAUGCCUUAUUUGCAACCAGAAGAAGUAUCUAAUGCUGUCUUGUACUUAUUGAGCACGCCCUACAACGUUAAUAUUUCUCAAAUUACAAUAAAACCGGUUGGUGAGAGAUUCUGAUAGAAAAUUUGUGAAUAUUGAAUGGAUUUAAAUAAAUGAUUAAAUAUCACAGCA